AUGAAGACAGGAAAUCUGGCUGACACAUCCACUUUUCUGACCUCUCAGAGCCAGGUGGGUCGCCAGGUAAGGAGCAUGUUCCCAGGGAUGGAGAGGAAAAUGCGUCAUGCCACCCUGCUCCAGUACAGGGUAUGUCUGAGUUCCUUCAGGAAGAUUCGACGGAUGUCUUCGUGUGGUAUAAUUGGCCUAUGGUCCAAACUGGUACGUAAGGGAAGUGAACGUGUCCACAUUAACCAAGGCCACGCUGGUAUACCGGUGGAGACCGGUGAUGGGGUGUUCAUCAACUCCCAAGCCAGAGAAGUCCUGAGCAGUUCUCUUACAACUGUCUUCCUCCCAAUCAUCUACAUCAUUGUGUUUGCUGUGGGGCUGCCUACUAAUGCCAUGGCAAUAUGGGUUUUCCUCUUCAGGACAAAGAACAAGCACCCGUCGUCAAUCUACAUGGCAAAUUUGGCUCUGGCUGACUUGCUCUUUGUCAUCUGGGUCCCUCUGAAGAUAGCGUACCACUUCAAUGGCAACAACUGGAUCUAUGGAGAAGGGUUGUGCAAAGUGCUGGUGGCGUUUUUCUAUGGCAACAUGUACUGCUCCAUCGCUUUCAUCGCCUGCAUGAGCGUCCAGCGUUACUGGGUGGUGGUCCACCCGCUGUCCCAGCAGCAGAGGAACACCUGCGUACCUGUUGCUGUCUCUGUCACAAUCUGGGUGGUGGUCUGGCUUAUCACCAUCCCUCUCUACCUGUAUGAGCAACAGGUAAAAGUAACAAACCUCAAUCCAAACAUCUUUACCUGCCACGAUGUUACUCGGCUCAGUCAGGCAAAAAUAGCAGCUGGCUACUUCCUGACGAUGGGAACUCUGGGAUUUGUUGCUCCCGCUGUCGUAUGUAUCAUAUCCUACGUCCUCAUGCUCAGAGCUCUCAGGAACAGCAUGACAGAUGCUACCAUCGCCAAGAAGCGACGGAAGACUGUGGUCUUAAUCAUCACAGUGUUGGUUAUGUUUAUAGUAUGCUUUGUCCCCAGUAACAUCAUGCUGUUGGUGCACUACAUCCUCCUGUUGGCUGGUGCCGAAAACAACUUAUAUGGAUUUUACAUCACCACCCUGUGCCUGGCAAGUCUCAACAGCUGUAUCGACCCUUUUCUGUACUACUUCAUCUCCAAGAACUUCAGGGAUCAUGUGAAGAACACAUUCCUCUGCAGGAGCGAGAGGGACGUGAAAAGGAUGGGGGUGUCCCCCGGGGCUCUGAAAUCUUCAGAAGAGCAACACAAAUGCGUUCACUCAGGGAACAUGCGGAGCACUGAAUGCUAG